AGACACUGCGCAAUAGUAGUAGCACACUAGCAUGUACUACUACACUCCUAAUCUCUCUCUCUUUCUCGAGUGGAAUCCAUUGAUCCAUUGUGUAGUGGGAGAGAGACUUCUCUACGCGGUCACGGGUUCCCCAGCGGAGGAGAAAGAUAGAUAGAGAGAGCAAAGAGCAAAAAAAUCUCUCUUUUUUCUUCUUGUUGUUUCUGCAGUUACCUUUGUCUUGCCUUCAAUGCCACCGCUUUACUGCCGGAUCUGAGGAAAGCUCCCAUCCUUGCUGAGUUCUUGUGCUGCUUCUUCCACAAUUCUUCCUUUUGUUGAGAAUUUUGCCUUCCAUCUGCUUAAUCGGUGACAAAGGUGGUGGGAUCUUGCUUCUCUUCCUGCAAGAAAAGGCUCGUUUUUUUGUUUCGCCGUUUGCUGCUUGCUCAGGCAGGAGGAAGGCGAUGCUGUUCUUGCUGAUUUCAGUCUUCUUCUUCCGGUGGUCGAGGUGAGGUUUGUUGCUACUUCACCUUCGCUUCGUUGCGCUCUGCGGAGAGAAAGAAAGCAAAGGUGGUGGAAAAGAAGCGAAAAUUUUGCUUGCUUCCUCUGCAAAUCUGAGGAAUUUUCUCGCAGAAAGCCUGAAUUCCCUCUGAAUUCCGGUGCAUGGAAAGAUCGUCCCCUCCAUUUCCAAGAAGAAGAAGAUACUAGUAGCAGCUGCAGCUACACUCUAGUAGUAGUGGCUACUAGUACUAGCUAGCCUCCAAUGGCGUCCUCACCGUCUCCCUCCCCGGGCACCGCAACUCCCGCCACCGCCGCCGCCGCGCCUUCCACCGCGACCCCAACACCCGCGACGCAGCCCAAUGCCACGCCGGCCGACCCCUCCAUCACUCCCCCGGCCGCGUCCCCUCCCCUUCCCUCCGCCGCCACGCCACCCCCACAGCCCGAUUCCCCGCCGCCCUCUCCGCCACCAGCUCCUCCGGUCGCAGUGCCACCGCCGGCCACCGUGCCACCGCCGCCUGUACCCGUUGCGUCUCCACCACCAACCCCGUCAGCCACAUUGCCGCCGCCGUCGCCACCGGCUUCAGUGCCGGUGCCACCUACACCUGCUACUACCCCUCCAAAGCCGUCGCCUGUGCAGCAACCCCCAGUGGCUGCAUCACCACCUCCAUCGUCUCCGGCUGAUUUGCCGCCGCCUAAUCCGCCGGCUCGCUCAGACACGCCGCCGGUAGUGCAGUCACCUCCACCGCCGCACCGGAGAUCGCCGAGAACGCCAUGGGCUCCACCGAUGGCGCCGUCGCCUUCUGGAAGUCCUACCAAGCCUUCUCCAGCUAGUCCAUCACCAAUUGCUGGAGAUCCAAUCAUCCCUACACCCAAUAACCCUUCGUCGCCUCUGGCGACGCCAUCAGCACCAGGCUCUGGUACUCCUGUGGUGACGCCAUCUGCACCAGUCUCUGGCCCUCCAUCGCCAGGCACGGCUCCAGCCACGGCAGCUGAUCGAUCCAACAAGUCAUUAAGUCCCAACACGCAGGACGGCAGCGUCUCGUCGAGCGAUGGUGGAAUGAGCUCAAGUGCAAAGGCGGGCAUCGGUGUAGUCGUCGCUAUUCUUGUGCUUAGCUUGGUAGGAGCUGCAUUUUGGUACAAGAAGAAACGGAGGAGAGCAACCGGUUACCAUGCAGGAUUUGUGAUGCCAUCGCCUGCCUCGUCUCCACAAGUGUUAGGGUAUUCAGGUAAAACUAACUACAGUGCUGGCAGUCCUGAUUACAAAGAAACAAUGUCAGAGUUCAGCAUGGGCAAUUGUCGAUUCUUCACUUACGAGGAAUUGCACCAGAUCACAAAUGGUUUUGCAGCGAAGAACCUGCUAGGGGAAGGUGGGUUUGGGUCUGUUUACAAGGGUUGCUUGGCUGAUGGAAGAGAGGUUGCCGUUAAGAAACUGAAAGGUGGUGGUGGGCAGGGGGAACGUGAGUUCCAGGCUGAGGUGGAGAUAAUCAGUCGUGUGCACCACCGCCAUCUAGUUUCUCUUGUUGGGUAUUGCAUUUCGGGGGACCAGAGGUUGCUUGUCUAUGAUUUUGUGCCCAAUGACACACUGCACCAUCAUCUUCAUGGACGUGGAAUGCCGGUUUUGGAGUGGUCAGCUAGGGUUAAAAUUGCAGCUGGCUCAGCUCGAGGGAUAGCAUAUCUUCAUGAAGAUUGCCAUCCCCGAAUUAUCCACCGAGAUAUUAAAUCCUCCAACAUUUUACUGGAUAAUAACUUUGAAGCCCAGGUUGCUGAUUUUGGCCUUGCAAGACUAGCUAUGGAUGCAGUCACGCAUGUAACUACACGGGUGAUGGGAACUUUUGGUUAUCUGGCUCCGGAGUAUGCUUCGAGUGGCAAGUUGACUGAGAGAUCUGAUGUAUUCUCUUUUGGCGUUGUUCUCUUAGAGCUUAUUACCGGUAGAAAGCCUGUUGACGCAUCAAAACCAUUGGGUGAUGAGAGCCUUGUUGAGUGGGCUAGGCCAUUGCUCACAGAAGCAAUUGAGACUGGCAACGUUGGGGAGCUGAUUGACUCCAGGCUGGACAAGAACUUCAAUGAAGCUGAAAUGUUUCGAAUGAUCGAAGCUGCGGCAGCUUGCAUUCGACAUUCAGCAUCUAGGAGACCCCGGAUGAGCCAGGUGGUGCGUGUUCUUGAUAGCUUAGCUGACGUCGAUCUAAGCAAUGGUAUUCAGCCUGGUAAGAGCGAAAUGUUCAAUGUGGCAAACACGGCAGAAAUCAGGCUGUUUCAGCGGAUGGCUUUUGGUAGCCAAGAUUUCACAACUGAUUUCACCCAAUCUAGCUGGGAUAGUCGUAGUAGAGAUGUUGAUGCCUCUGGUUCGAGGCCCUUGUAAUCAUAGUCUAAUACUCCUCUAAUUAGCUAGGGUAUUGUUGCAUUGGAUUUGUUUCAUCUGAUUUUGUUUUCUUCUUUUUUGUGGCCAUCUCUGUCAACUAGGAGUAAUGUAUAUCAUGCGUCCCACUAAGAAAAGUGUAUAUUGAUUGCACUGAGCGUGCCUGAUUCUACAAAAUCUGACAGACAGAAGAUUUACUAGUACUAGCCCUUGAAGGAACCAAUGAAUUGCCUCUGUUGGUGGUGACUGAACCUGCA